AUGGCGAUGCUGGCCCCCAAAACCGCCUUCACCGCGCCUCUGGGCUCCGGUAACCCCCUGAUGUCCAACGUUUCGGGCGGUGCCGUGCAGCCCUCGAGACGCGCACCCGCAAUCCCCAACCAGAACACCGCCUACGCCAGCCCGACCGAGUCCGAAUUUUCCGAAAGCGACGGCCCCGAUGCCGUCAAGAACUGGGACGAGGACAAGGUCUGCGAGUACCUGAGGAGCGUCAAGUGUGGCGAGUACGAGAAGCUCUUCCGCAAGAACCACAUCAACGGCGAGAACCUCCUCGAGCUCGACAAGGAUGUCCUCAAGGAGAUGGGCAUCGAAAAGGUCGGCGACCGCGUUCGAUUGUUCCUCGGAAUUAAGAAGUUGAGGACCAAGGCCUACGCCAACCAGAAGAAACGCAAUAGGGAUUCGUUCGGUGGCCUGGACCAGUUCACGCCGUCUUCGGGCGGGUCGCCUCGCCCUUCGGCGUCGAGCGCUCGCACUGCGCCUACGCCUUCCAUGAACAAGCGCUACUCCAGACAAUACGACACGAUACCCCUUGAGAGCACAUCUUCCCGCCCAACUUCGCCACUUCCCGGAACCGAUGCUAUUCGGCCCCUGCGUACACGAUAUGGCCAAAGUCCCGGCUACGACCACGAGAGGAACUAUUGUUUCUGGGUUCUGGCCGGCAUCGAGCCGGAUCCCAACCAAUGCCGCCGGCUUGGUGACACGGAGCUGUGGCGCAUCAUCAAAGACCAGAAGCGUCCGGAGCGUAACCGCUUGAUUCUCCGCCGCGUUCCCGCUGGCGAGCCGGGUAUGCCGGAGCUUGAGAGAGCAGCGGGCAUUGCCAUCGAGGAGGCGCAACAGAAUCACAGCCGCGCACUCGAGACGGUGGACAAGAGAAGCCAAAUGAAGGUACAGAAGCUGCUCGGUGAGAGAUGGAACGACGAGCUUCAACACCCCCUUUCUCCUGUUUCGUUCCAUGACCGGGAGCGCAACGUUUACAACACCGCCAAGGAGCUGGAGCGCCCCGCUUCCAACGAUGGCCCGAGAUCUGGCGGCGGACCACGGAGAAAUAAGGGGCUCCUGCGGUCAUUCGGCGGCCUGCGCCCUCCCAGCGAGCUCAUUGCUUCCGACCUCACAUCGUACUUCCCUGACCAUCCCAGAGAGGAGAUUGAUCGAACCGCGCGCCUGUCCAUGAGAAGAUCAACACGCCUGAGCAAGGUCAACAGUCGUCUGAGCGUGGCAAGUAACCUCAGCUUUGCGUCCAGCAUCCAAGAUGCUCCCCCAAUCCCAACCAUCGCGGACAGCUGGCUGCAAGCUGGUAGCGCCCCCAAGGCACGAUCCGGUCUGCGGGUCGCCCACUUCCGUGAUUCCGUCGCCUCUUCCAUGCUGGACACUCUGCAGGAGGAAUCUCCUGUAGAGCCGAACCGCAAAUCCUAUGUGUCAUUUGCCGAUAGCUCUGACGGCGCUAGCGCUGCCGCUCUGAGCGUGACCGACCCCGAAGGCAACAUCACGCGGCGUAGCUACUUUGACGCCGACGGCUCUACUGGAUCUGGAUCUCUCAAGGACCUCACGCAAGCACUCAACGAGGACGGGGAGGAUGCGGAUGAGGAGCUUGAGAGCUUCCUUGCGGGAGAGUCCUGGUCUGACGACAAGUGGAUGAAGGGAGCCAUGAUCGGACAGGGUUCGUUCGGCUGCGUCUACCUGGCACUGCACGCUGUCACCGGCGAACUAUUGGCGGUGAAGCAGGUGGAGGCGCCAGCUCCCGGCGCGAACAGUCAGAACGAUGCGCGCAAGAAGAGCAUGAUUGAGGCCCUUAAGCGGGAAAUCAGCCUGCUCCGCGACCUUCGACACCCGAAUAUUGUUCAGUAUCUUGGUUGCAGUUCGUCGUCCGAGUACCUCAACAUUUUCCUCGAGUACGUGCCUGGUGGCUCGGUGCAGACCAUGCUCAACUCGUAUGGUGCUCUGCCCGAACCCCUCGUCCGCAGUUUCGUGCGCCAGAUCCUUACUGGUCUGUCGUAUCUGCAUGACCGCGAAAUCAUCCACAGAGAUAUCAAGGGCGCCAACAUUCUCGUGGACAACAAGGGUACCAUCAAAAUCUCUGAUUUCGGCAUCUCCAAGAAGCUGGAAGCCACUAACAUCCUCUCCGGCGCGAACAACAACAAGCAUCGUCCCUCCCUCCAAGGUUCCGUCUUCUGGAUGGCCCCCGAGGUUGUCAAGCAGACGUCGUACACCCGCAAGGCCGACAUCUGGUCUCUGGGAUGCUUGGUCGUCGAGAUGAUGACGGGUACCCAUCCUUACCCCGACUGCAGUCAGCUGCAAGCCAUCUUCAAGAUCGGUGGUGGCAAGGCCGCGCCCACGAUCCCGGACCACGCGUCUGACGACGCAAAGACGUUCCUUGCCCAGACGUUCGAGAUGGACCACAACCUGCGCCCGAGUGCCGACGAGUUGAUGCUCAGCCCUUUCCUGACUCCCAUCACCUAA